CGAUGUUGCUAAAAGCUGCAACGGAUGGAGGAACAUCAGUCUCUGGAAUCACUUCGAGUAGUACAGAACGUGUUGUACGUCACCUGCUUGAACAUCAACGAACAAGCAACGAAACACCACUGUGCGUUACACACCAGCUGUGACAGAUUAACCAGAAAAACCUCCAAAUCGAUAGGAGCCGAUCAAAGAAGAUAUCGAAGAAGCUGUAAAAUCUUCAACCGCAGACAACUCGACGACCAAGUUCGUCGUUUCUACACAGACAGGUGAAACUCCGAGACAUUGUUGACUCGAGGGAAGAGUGUCGAAGUGAAACCGAGGUUAUCAGGCGGGUUCAAUUAAUAUCGAAGGGGGAGGAAAUCGGAUUGUUUGCAAAGUUAGAGUACGAAACGAAUCGUCGAAAGGAGAACGAGAACACCGGCGUGGUGAGACGACGGUGGAGAAGCACCGUGACUAUGUAAACUACCAGCGUAUACUUGGUGGCAGCGCGUGCGCACAGCGGUGGCAAACUCGUAGCAACGAGGAUUGAGAAAAGGUAGUCGAAAACGUGACACCGUGAGACGUCGUCGAUUAUUUGAGAGAAGAAAAACAGAGAGGGUAGAAGAAGAGAGGUUUUAACUCGAGGCAAGGGUUACAAACCGGAGAACUGGGCUUCUCUUCGAAUAUAGACAAAGAAGUCCGCAAACUGGCUCCGGAGGUGAGGAUCAAGCAAAUUGGAAUGAGGGAGGACCUGUUGUCCAUAAUACGGCACACGAGCAGCGACCACUUUUCGGAAGAACUUUAGCCUACGAGUCAACGGCAGAAGGGACAAGAGGAGGAGGACUAGCAAUAGGCGACUGUUUACGAGUAUUCCGUGCAAAUAGAGGGCUCUUGCUUGCUGGGAUAUACAUAUAUUCAAGCAGGAGUGUUGCCAGGCUCCCUUUUCAUCCUUCCUGUCAUUGAUUCCCCGUUGUAUUCCCGCCGUCUGCCCUGCUCUGUGCUUGGAGAGAAAGAAAACGAAAAAAAAAAAACGACCAAUUUUUCCCUCGAAGGGACUUGUUGAGUUUUUUUGUUUUUUCGAGCAUCUGGCCAGGUUAUGCCUUGGGUAGCAGCCUGUUUCGACCUGCUGGCAGCACCGAUUCUGGGUUAUUGUCUCGCCGUGAGGAAGCUCGGUCUGCAAGCCGGAAUCCUCCAGCAGGGAGGCGACAAAUCUGUCAAAACACUGGCUGAUAACACGUCCGAUACGUCCAGCUUAAGGAAGGACAAGUUGCUCAGCGCUGACACAAUGGCACCGAGUGUCGAGGAACAGCGCCAAGAACACAGUAAGGACAAGAUCGCGGUGAGGCCACCGACCAUAAUCACGAAAUCGCCGCGAAAAUUCGCGGGGGUCGUGAUCGCGAUGUGCGGCUUACCAGGUCGUGGAAAAAGCCAAGUGGCUGUGUGCCUGUCGCGCAGGCUCAACUGGAACGGCGACUCCACUAAAGUGAUGAGGGUGAGCGAUUACCGGAGGAAAAGGCUGGAACCUUACGGCGAGGCGGUGUCACACGAGCUCUUUCGCCCUGAUCACACGGCGAACGCAGCUUUGAGAGCUCUGGCCCAGCGAGACGCGAUGCACGAUUGCGCCGCGUGGCUUGCAGCCGGGAAUUCUGUAGCUAUCCUGGACGCCACGCUGGUGACACGAAUGCAGCGCGCCGAGGUCUACGACUAUUUUUCUGGCCAGCUCGGCUACCACGUCCUCUUCGUCGAGUGCGCCUGCGACGAUCCGCUCGUGCUGGAGCGAAAUUACAAGGAGAUAUUGCGGUACAGCGCUGACUACAUCGGCAUGGACCCUGUACGGGCUGAAGAGGAUCUCAGAUUGAAAGUGGCACACUAUGUGCGAUGUUACGAGCCGAUGGACGAGAACACUUAUCCACGUAUACGCAUCAACAUCGCCACCAUGGACAUCGAGACUUGCAAAGUGUCGGGUCACGUGGAGACUAGCGUGCUGGGAUAUCUCGGAAGCGUCAGUGUUAAGCCGCACACUCUAUAUUUCUCUCGUCACGGUGAAAGCGAAUUCAACGUGUUGGGUAAGGUCGGCGGUGACGCUGUGCUGAGCACACGCGGCGAACGUUACGCGCAAGCAUUGGCGACCAAGUUCAACGCCAUGCGUAUCCCCGACCUGCGCGUGCUCACCAGUCGCCUAAGAAGGACUAUAGCAACAGCACGAGGAGUAGAGGCACCUCAGGAACACGUGGCCGCGCUAAACGAGCUCCACGCUGGCGUUUGCGAGGGCCUCUCUUACGAAGAGAUGCAAGAACACUAUCCGCAGGAAUUCGCAUGGCGCGAUCAGGACAAGCUGCGCUACCGUUAUCCUUGGGGCGAGAGCUACAUCGACGCGAUGCAACGCGUAGAUCCAGUGAUCGCCGAGCUCCAGCGAUCCGACAACAUCCUCGUGGUAUCUCAUCAAGCUGUUCUACGCUGCAUGAUCGGUUUCUUCCUGGACAAAAAGCCGGAAGAGCUGCCUUACAUGGAGGUUCCGUUGCACACGAUCAUCCGCGUGACCAGCCACGGCUACAACUACAAACUCGAGUUUUUUAAACUCCCUAUCGAGUGCGUGAACACGACACGCGUGACGGUUCCACCGCAUUUCGACAUGCCCGAUCCGUGGAGGAAUCCGGGAAACGGGCCGACAUUGGUGCAGCAACACUGAGGAACCGCCAGACGGUCCACGUUCACGUCCAAAAUUCGAGCUCUGUUCGGCUGCGACAACCGGAGAUUUCGAUAGCGACAGUUGGAUCUGUCUGGUAUUUUUUUUCGCAGGGUGGAAACGAAAGGGGACGAAAUUGUUCGCGUGGUUGACAAGCCACCUUUAGUAUCUUACCGUAGAUCGAUUUUUAAGAAGCUACCUUUUAAGAGUAACAGCGAUUCGAUAAAAUACGUGGGUCAAUUUAAAGUAUGUUAAUGGUAUUCUUCUGUUGAUUUUACACACAAAGUGUCUGUUUUUCUUCCUCGAUUCUGUCCCGAUUGUAACAGCGACCCUGUAUCCUGCUGCUUGAGCCCUCUAUAUUAAGUUUAAGCAUGUUUAGGUUUUUAGUGGUAGUUGUCGAUGAUGUAUUACAUAAUUAUACACACACACACACAUAGUAGGAGUUAGAGAUUUGAAUUCGUAUAUUCGAUCGCGAAGGAUGGACGGAACUUCGGAAUCGCGGAGGUGCGAAGCACGUCUCUCGUAUCGUCGUUUUAAUUUCAGGAA